GCAAAUAUUACGAAUCACCCAAGUUCGGAAGAACGGAUCUGUAUUGAAUCAGAUAUACUAAAAUGGAAUAAUAUUCUUGCUUCUUAGGCAUCAUCAUAGAAGAAUACGGAGUGUACACAAUGCUGCCGGCGCAGCAAAUAACGCCAAUCUCCCCUUGGCCUCCCGAUACCAACCUUCUGGAUCGGAUGGACGAUCUGGCGCACAAAGGAGGCAGACCGCUACCUGACUCCACGCGGCAGAAGAUCGUUGAGUUGGCGCACUCCGGCGCGAGGCCCUGCGACAUCAGCCGGAUACUGCAGGUCUCCAACGGCUGCGUGUCCAAGAUACUCGGCAGAUAUUACGAGACGGGGUCGAUUCGACCUCGAGCGAUCGGGGGUUCAAAGCCACGCGUAGCAACAGCGGAGGUUGUAAGCAAGAUAGCGCAGUACAAACGAGAAUGCCCCUCAAUCUUCGCAUGGGAGAUCAGAGACCGCUUGCUCAGCGAAGGAGUCUGUUCUUCGGAUAAUAUACCUAGUGUAUCGUCCAUCAACCGAGUUCUACGAAACCUGGCAGCUCAGAAAGAGAAGUCAACAAACCAGCAACCGUCGCCUGAUUGUUCCACCCCCGUGUAUGAGAGAUUACGGCUUUUGGGGACUCCGGGGUCCACGCCAAGUUGGCCUAGAGCCCCUUGGCCAUCUCAGAUCGAUACUCGCUCCCCUUAUCAGCUUCAUAGUCUGAGCCCUGGACCUCAGACUAUAGGCUGCAAUGGAGAUUUAACGGGGAUGAAGAAAGGUGAAGAAACACUGGAGGGCAUUGAAGGACUCAACUCCGAUGAGACCGGUUCUGGGGAUAAUUCGAACGCAGGCUCAAGCGGAGCAGACGAUGAUGCAGCCAGGCUUCGUCUCAAACGCAAGUUGCAACGGAACCGCACAAGCUUCACAAACGAACAGAUUGAUAGCUUAGAGCGAGAAUUCGAAAGAACACACUAUCCUGAUGUUUUCGCCAGAGAGAGACUUGCAGCUAAAAUUGGUCUUCCUGAAGCUAGAAUACAGGUGUGGUUCUCGAAUCGUCGCGCGAAGUGGCGUCGCGAGGAGAAAAUCCGCAGCCAACGUCGGAGCCCUGAGUGCUACGGGGCCCCGCAGGUCCCCGCUCCUCCCGCCCCACCACUGCCUGCUCCCGCGCCACACCAUCACAGUCACACGCAUCACACACCUUAUCAACCACAGGUCAACGUUGACACUUACAGCCCACUGACUCCAAUGGGAUACGGGGCAAGUAGUGGCAUGGUGUCAGACGCAUCAGUAUGUGAAGGAAGCGAGGCAGAUCUGUGCAAGAGCGGAUUCCUAGGUUAUCCCCGUUAUGAGCUAGGCUACCGACAGCCGCAUCCGUAUAUGAACCAUGGUUACCAGCAUGAACCAGCGUCUCCCCCACCAGAAUUGGGCGGUCUUCUAGGUGCAGGAGUUUCGGUUCCAUUGGCGGUGCCAGGUCAAGACUCCCAACAGUACUGGUCACGUCUGCAGUGACCCUGGUGGAACUAGACAUACAUCCAACAAAUAAAACAUUCAGGCACUGAUUCAGGGAAUUACCCUAAUCGGUUAUAAGGCUUACACAAAUUAUGAGGUAAUGAAACUUUUCCUGUUUCAAGGAUGUUAUAAAAACUUCAUGAUGUUUAUUGAUUCUGAAAUGGAGACGAUCCGGACUCCUGAAUGUGUGCCUGACUGAAGCAAGAUAUUUGAAGCGAUUUUUACCAUUUCAACUACCAUUAACAUUUAACUGAAUAAUGAUAUUUAUCAAUUAAUAUGUAACAGAAAUAAACAAUAUGAUAAAUGUUCUCCUGACUUAUGAUGCCUCGAGUUUUCGACAUGUUUAAAAAAUCUAAUUC